AUGAUUAUAAAUGGGUCUUACCUGAACAGCACCUCGCCAGACCCCAGUGACAUCGUCCUGAACCGCCCGCCGUGGGUUACCACAACUUUGGGGUGCUUCCUCAUCUUCACGAUCGUAGUUGACAUCCUGGGCAACCUCUUGGUCAUCUUCUCUGUGUAUCGGAACAAGAAGCUGAGGAACGCAGGGAACAUCUUUGUGGUGAGCCUGGCGGUGGCGGACCUCGUGGUGGCCAUCUACCCGUACCCUUUGGUCCUCACCUCCAUCUUCCACAAUGGGUGGAACCUGGGUUACAUGCACUGCCAGAUCAGCGGCUUCCUCAUGGGCGUCAGCGUCAUCGGCUCCAUCUUUAACAUCACCGGCAUCGCCAUCAACCGAUACUGUUAUAUCUGCCACAGCCUCAAGUAUGAUAAGCUGUACAGUGACAAAAACUCUGUUUGCUAUGUGAUGUUAAUCUGGGCGCUGACAGUAGUGGCCAUCGUGCCCAAUCUAUUUGUGGGUUCACUGCAGUACGACCCAAGAGUUUACUCCUGCACCUUUGAGCAGUCGGCCAGCUCGGCGUACACAAUCGCAGUGGUUUUCUUUCACUUUAUUUUACCUAUGAUGAUUGUCACCUACUGCUACCUUCGCAUCUGGAUACUGGUCAUACAGGUGAGGAGGCGGGUCAAACCAGACAAUCGUCCCAAACUGACGCCACAUGACGUGAGGAACUUUGUCACUAUGUUUGUGGUGUUUGUGCUCUUUGCCGUCUGCUGGGCGCCGCUCAACUUCAUCGGUUUGGCGGUUGCGAUCAAGCCAGAGGUAGUUGUUCCCCUCAUCCCUGAGUGGUUAUUCGUGGCCAGCUACUUCAUGGCCUAUUUCAACAGCUGCCUUAAUGCCAUUGUAUAUGGUGUGCUGAACCAGAACUUCCGGCGCGAGUACAAGCGCAUUGUAGUAUCAGUGUGCACGGCGCGCAUCUUCUUCCAGGACAGCUCCAACGAUGCAGGGGAGAGGCUCAAGAGUAAACCGUCACCACUCAUGACCAACAAUAACCAGGUCAAGGUGGACUCUGUCUGA